AUGGGUAAUGAAGAUGAAAUGGAGCAACAGGUUGAUCUGACCAAAGCUGAAAAAUUGUCGGAGUAUAAACAAUUGCGCUCGUCGACCAAGGGAAAUAUAACUCGAAUUAAAACAGCGGUCAGCAAGAAGAAUGUUCCUAUCGAGGAGCUGGGUUGCAGGUUAGAUAUUUUGGAAGCCUACUUCAAGCAGGCAUUGUCGAUUAGUACCAGCAUACUUCGACUGUGUACUCCAUCUGAAUGUGAGUCCGACGAGAAGGCAAUGGCAGACAUCGAGGAUAUUUACGUUGCAGCUAAGGCGAAAAUAAAAGAAAAGCUGGCUGCAAGCCGGGUUGAUGCCGAGGCAAGUGCGCUUAACGUUACAACGGCGGCGAUUCCGCAAUCGUCAAUGAGGCGUCAUAUAAAACUACCAACAUUCGAUGGAAAAUACUCGGAGUUUCCGAAAUUUAUGGCGAUUUUCCAUAAGAUGGUGAAUCAAGAUGAAACCUUGGACGAUUGCGAGCGGUUUUUAAUUCUUAAAGAUAAUUUAUCCGCACGAGCACUUCACGCCAUUGAUGAAUUCGAGAUUACCAGUUUAAAUUAUAAGAAGGCGCUUGACCGGCUGAGGAGUAACUUCGAUAAAAAAAAUUUAAUGUUCGAGGAACAUAUUACGGCGUUAUUUUCUGAGAAAAAGGUGUCGAGCUCGGGCGAUUUGCGGGAAUUGAUUGACUCAGUGAACACUCAUUUAAACGCGAUGCUGUCGUUUGGUAAUUAUAAAGACAUAACUAAUGCUAUGAUCAUCUAUCUUGUAGCAACGAAAUUAGACGAGGAAUCCUUGGCAAAGUGGGAGGAAUCUAUCGACUAUACAAGGCUAUCCACUUGGGAUGAAUGCUCUGCAGUGUUGACUAAGAGAUGUGAAAAUAUGGAGGCUCGAGAGACAAGAACGGCACGCUGUGGCGAGAACGAGGACGAUGGAAGCAAAGCUAGUCGCAAAGAUAAUCGCAAGGCGGUUGGUUGUAAAAAAAACGUUUUGGCUAUAGAGAAAGGUGGAUGCGAAGUUUGUCGAAAGGACGGGCACAACGUAGAAAGCUGCCGUAAAUUUGAGGCUCAGAAGGUUCCGCAGAGGCGCAAAACGGCACGACAUUUGAGGCUGUGCUUCGUGUGUUUGCAAAGUGGGCAUAAGGCCAGUAGCUGUCAAGCGAAACGGUGUAUAGAGUGCGGUGGUGACCACCAUAAAAUGCUGCAUAAAAACAACGUAGAAGUGAAGACGAUCGACGCACCAGGCACGACGCAAGCUGCUACGGUAGGUCAAGUUGCUGUGCAUGCUACGAUGCAAAACGAAGGCGCGGAUGUUAUUUUGGCAACGGCGGUAAUUGGUAUCAAGGGGAGAAAUGGACCGGAAAUCCAAGCUCGUGCGCUUUUGGAUUCAGCGUCCCAACUAAAUUUGAUGUGCGAACCGCUUAUGCAGAGACUAAAGCUUAAAUGGACUUCAUGCAUCAUGACUGCGCACAGCAUUGCAGACAGUGGCACAAAUAUUACAAGAAAAGUGCAGGCAAGCGUCAAAUCAAGGAUUGGUGGUUACGAGACAUCACUUGAGUUUUAUGUGUUGCCAAAAAUAACGUCGUUUAAGCCAGACCAAUUUAUGAAUGCAGAUGAUUGGGGCAUCCCUAGUAACAUAUCAUUGGCAGAUCCGAAUUUCAACAAGCCUGGCCGUAUAGACGUACUGUUAGGCGCAGAAAUCUUUUGGGACUUAUUAUCGGUUGGCCGAAUUACGCUGAAAGCGAAUCUCCCGCGAUUGCAGAAAACUGUGCUGGGUUGGGUCGUGUCAGGUGUGACAAAUCGAGCCGACUCCAACGAGAGGCUUAGGAGCAGCUUAAUGAUGACAUCAUCCAAGCAACCAGGUGUUGAAGAGGAACUGACGGCCCUUGUAGAGAAAUUUUGGCUGAUGGAACAGGUUGAUGCAAAAACACUGUUUCCAACAGCGGACGAGGCACUGUGUGAAGAGAUUUUUAUCAAAGAAUCUAGACGUGAUGACACUGGGCGCUUCGUGGUAAGGAUUCCAUUUAAAGAAAAUGUCGCUGAGCUAGGUGACUCAAAUCAAGCGGCAUUACGGCGAUUCUUGCUCCUUGAAAAGAGACUAAGGAAUAAUCCAGUAUCAAGGGAUUCCAGAGAAAAGGUAAAGUACCUUGCACCGCAUACGUUUGUGUUACGGCCAGAAUCUACAAGUACUAAACUGCGGGUAGUGUUUGACUGCAGUUGUAAGACCUCAUCGGGGCUCUCUUUGAAUGAUGUAAUGUGCAAAGGACCCAUUGUACAAGAUGACUUGCUGGCGAUCGUGUUGCGCUUUCGAUGCUAUAAGUAUGCGAUAACAGCGGAUGUGACGAAAAUGUAUCGGCAAGCCUGGGUGAGUGAAGAGGAUUCAUUUUAUCAAUGUAUAUUGUGGCGGCCAACCCCAAAUGAAGAUAUUGAAGUAUAUCGCUUAUUGACGAUCACGUACGGAACGGCGUCCGCGCCAUAUCUGGCGACGAGAUGUGUAAAGGCACUUGGUGAACAGUGCGCAGAGAAGUUUCCAUAUGGUGCAAACAAGGUUUUAUCAGAUUUUUAUAUGGACGAUCUGAUAUCAGGUGCAGACUCCGAUGAGCAGCUACAACAAAUUUACUCGGAGGUCAGCGAGAUUUUAAGUUCUGCAGGGUUUGAGCUACGUAAAUGGUACUCGAAUAAUAGUGAAUUUUUGAAGAAAGUGCCAUCGGAUGAUCAAGAGAAGCCACUGCGUAUGAACGAUGCCGAAAUCAUCAAAACUCUCGGUAUUAUAUGGGAGCCAACUUCCGAUGUGUUUCGUUAUGAUUGGCCGGAGCUGAAAAUGGAUAAACCGGUGACAAAACGGAUUGUGCUGGCGGAGAUUGCGAGUCUGUUUGAUCCUCUCGGUCUAAUAAACCCCAUAAUCGUAAAGGCUAAGAUCUUUUUGCAAAAUCUGUGGAUUAUAAAGGUGCAUUGGGAUGAAUCCCUACCAUUGGAGGAUAACGCUCAGUGGAUCAGAUUUCGCGAGAAACUGCCUUUGGUCAAAGAUAUACGAGUACCACGAUAUAUUUUGGCGAAAAAUGGUCCUGCCCGAGUCGAAUUACACGGAUUUUGUGAUGCGUCGCUGCGGGCUUAUGGGGCAUGCGUGUACAUUCGCACCGUCAAUGAGCUGGACGAGGUUACGGUGGCGCUGUGGAGCGCCAAGUCCAGAGUGGCACCAUUAAGAACUAAGUCGCUACCACGAUUGGAAUUACUUGGAGCUGAAUUAUUGGCCAAGUUAUUAACCAAAACCCAAGAAAACUUGGUCGUUUCAUUGAAUGCAAUCUAUUUGUGGACAGAUAGCGAAAUCGUACUAAAUUGGUUAA